UGACUCUGGUAUGAAGACAAUGAAGCCAUUCAUUUCUCGUUUCUCUGCCUUCCUUCGCAAGAAACCGAUUCCCAUGCCCUCUCCCGGGCCACCUUUACCGCCUGGCAUACUUGUUGACGAAGAGAUCUUGCCGUUAUACGAUUCCAAGCAAGUCUACCCAGCGAAGCCCGGAGAGGUACUCGCCGAUCGUUACCAAACCUUAGUCAAGGUUGGCUGGGGCAUGUCUUCAACAGUAUGGCUUGCGCGUGAUCUGACAGGGUCAGUCGAAGAGCCAGAGAGCGUCGUGGCUCUGAAAAUUGUCAACAAUAACGCGAGUUUUGCUAAGCAUGAGCGCGAAGUUGAAGAGCAUAUUUCCGCAGCGGACCCAUCACAUCACGGGCGGUCACUUAUGCGAACAUUAUUAGACUCUUUUGAAAUUCAAUGCCCAGAAGGUUCUCAUCCAUGUCUUGUGUAUCCGCCUAUGAGGGAGUCGUUAUCGAUAUAUCAGCGGCGCUUUAACGACAGAAAGAUGCCACUGCCCCUCAUUAAAACAUACGUCCGUUUUCUACUUACGGGGUUUGAUUAUUUGCAUAAAGUGUACAGGACAGUUCAUACCGAUCUAAAGCUUGACAACAUCAUGGUUUCAUUCGAGGACCCAACCGUGCUUACCGAUUUCAUUGAUUCUCAGCUUGCAAAACCGAUGGCUUUCAAGAUUAAUUCGGUGGGACGACCAGUGUAUCAAUGCCGUAGUGACUUCGGGCCACUCAAAAGCCUGAUAAGUAUACCACAGCUGGUCGACUUUGGUUUGGCAACCAGAUUGGAAGAAGACGACGACUGGGGCGUUUGGCCGAUUCAGCCAGACCACUAUCGGGCACCAGAGGUGAUCCUGGGUAAUGGAUGGCAAAUGCCUGCGGAUAUUUGGAAUCUUGGUGUUUUGUUGUGGGAUAUGAUCGAAGGCAAAGAGCUAUUCCAGCAUAUUCAUGACCAAGAAGGUCGCUACGAUGCUAAAUUACACAUCGCCGAAAUGAUAGCCUUACUUGGUCCACCUCCUCCGGAGAUCAUACAAAGGUAUCAAUUUAUGCGAGAGUACUCGUGGCCGCAACCUGUCAGACGUGAAGACGGCAGACUAUGCGAGACCGCGGAGGAGUACUUCUGUGGGCCAUUCUUUGACGGAAAAGGUAUUGCUAUGGUUCCUUUCUCCUUUCUCCAUCGUAUUAUUCUCAGACACACGAAUUAUCUUAGGUCGCUUCCUCUAUGAAGACCUGAUCCCUGACCGCACACUACGUGAGACAAUUACAUUUUUUGGAGGAGAAGAGAAGGAAUUGUUUUUGGACCUCGCCAAGAAAAUACUUGUCUGGCAACCAAAUAUGAGAAAAAUGGCAGGUGAAUUGGCUGGGCACCCUUUUCUUCAACCAAAGCAAACAAGCGCCUGAUUUCUGCGAGUUUUGCUAGCGGAAUACCUCCGUUUCGUGCAUGAUCCUAUUGCGGUGAUGCCAUGAGAAUCUUGGUUGAACCAAGGAAUGUCUUUGUACUUGUAUGGUGGAGGGAACUUACCAUUGAACAAAGGGUUAUGUCAUGACCAUGACAAAACGUUAGCUAAUUACCAGCCCUUCAUGAAAG